CAAUGUCAUUUUUUAAAUUUCGAAAAUGAAAACUGUUGUUUACGUUGUGAUUUGAAUCUUCAACUAUUUCAUUUAGUAACAUUUUACAGGAAUUUAGUGUUUAUUUCUUAUUUGAAUAUAUUUUUGAUGGACGAAUUACGUGGACCUACUAUCCAAAUUGUUCUUCAUGUAAAAGAAGGUUUAGGUUUUGGUUUUCUAAGAUCCCCAUUUAUCGUAAGUGGAUCUCUUAAUGGAUAUAUGUUAGAAACCGACCCAACGGUGCCGGCUCAUGCACCAGUAUUCGAUGCAGAACUUGUUUGGGAAGCUGAUAAGAGACGGUUCCGAAGCUUAAGAGUACAAAAUGUACCUGUUAAAGUGGAAGUGUAUUCAACUGGCUCUCAAGGGAGAAAAGAUAAAAUUGGUUAUUUGUUGUUAAGCCUUCUUGGUGCACAGCCCUGCCCAUCCAACAAACUAGUUAAUGUGAAACAUACAUGGCAUAAACUUCUGGGAGUAAAGUCUGAGGGCAAGUGCUGUCACCCACAACUCUUGAUGAGUCUUACCAUUGAGGACAGAGUCAGUACACCUACACCUCGGAAUGAACUAAGAAUGUUCCAUAGCAAUGAAGUAGCAUAUCCAUCAGGACAUGGGGACAAGAUCACCUCAUCUGCUAAAUCAGUCUUAUUAAGAGUUGAGGAAUACAUAGCAGAGAGCAAGAAAGUGGCGUCAUCUGUGGAUCUCCAACCAAAAUUGGUGUGCGAGGAAGGUCUCAUCCAGAUUGGCGACGGAAAUCAUUUGUUUGUUCUUAGUUUGGUGAUUGGUUCUGUGGAAAAUUUAGACCUGUUACUUCCGACUACAUUGAACGAGACUGCGUUUUACUAUGUGACCUACUCAGUGUUUACGCAUAAUAUAAUGACUGACAGGGUUUGUGCGACGUCAUCGGGUAACUCAAGCCGUGCUCAUUUCAAUCAACGUACCUCGUUACGUCUGCGGACGACUUUAUCUACGUUGGACAGAUACUUUGCAGAAUGUCCGCAUUUAGUCACCAAGAUAUGUCUCGGAGAAAAGGAUAUUGGUAUCUGUAGUAUGGAUCUUCGUAAGUUGGUACCUACAGACAAUAUAGAACAAUUUCUUUCAAACUUUUGCAAUAAUGAUAAUGCCCUAACGAUCCAUGAGCGUUGUUUUAUAUUAAGGUGUGAUGACCUCACGAGGAAUGAAUAUAGACGGCCAUAUAUGGAUGUCGAACUUAGUUUGAAGUACCAGGGGGUUAGAAGUGUCCAGAAACCAAUAUUGACAGCCCGCAGUGCGACUCAACUAAAGGUAAAUGAAAGCGAGAAGGUGCUAGUCGAAAGUGAAGAUAUUCUCUCAAUUAGCUAUCGAGUGGGAAGCUGUACCGACUUGCAAGAAGGUGUGGGCGCUGGAUAUAGUUCUAUGGGGCCCUCUAACACCUUCCGUUACACAAACGCAUCAGGAGAAGCCAUGUUACCAACGAAUGAAAUAGCAGACAUGAUUAAAAAAAUGUGUGAUUCCUUUGCGACCAGUCAAGAAAUAUUGGCUAAGAAACCGACUACUUGUGAUAUGCAGGUUCAAUGUGAUGUACAAGAUAACCAGAACAAAGCAGAACAAGAAUGUCAUAAAAAUGACUUCAAAGUAGAAGCCUCUCAAAGUGAGACGUGUAUCUCAAACAAUAAUAAGGUGUCAAGUAAUGUACAAGAUGCUGUACAUAUGUUUAUACCAGCCUUGGACCGUGAUGCGAUAAUGCAGAAAUUCGUUAACGAGUUGGAGGAUUGGAAAGAAAAACAACAGGAAUUAUAUAAAAUACAAUUAAAACGCAAAGAAGAAUACCAUUUAGAAUUGUUAGCGAAAGAAUGGGCUAAACGUCGAGUAGAACUGGAAACUAAACUCAGUAAGGGAAUAGACCAAUGUCGCCAUCUAGCGGCGGAUUUAAGUCGAGCGACUGAGGACUUUGCUCUAAGAGGACAUAGAAAUACGCAAAGGGAGAAGAAGCUACUAGAGGCGAAAAAAGCUCUAGAAGCCCACUAUACGACAAAAUACCAAGAGCUAAGAGAAGCUUCACAGAAAAUGGAAGACGACAUGAACCAUCAGUUGAAGUUAAAAGAUAUGACAAUACAGGAAUUGCAACAUACUGUACAACAUUUAGAGAAAACCGUAGAAGGUUUAAAGAUCAAUUUGAACAACGUUGAAAAAGAAGCGGAGAGUCGUUGCUCUGGUUUAACAAAAGAUCAAACUGCUAGCCUCAUUCAAGAGCUGCGAUGUCUAGAGGAGAAACUAGAAAGUGCGGUACAGUCGAAAGCAUUUUUCAAAGAACAAUGGGGUCGAGCAGUUCGUGAGCUUCAUCUUGUAAAGUUGUCAACUCGAAGACAGAUGCUUACCCAGCUCAGACAUGAGCGCCGGCAGCUUGCGGAUGUUAAUCUGGAUACAAUAAUAGAUGAAGAGGUUCCAGAAGUAAACCGGCAGGAAGAUAUGAAUAGGUUGAAGGAUGACUUUUAUGUCGAUAUCCUUGCUAAUUCACCCCCCAUCGAGUCUCAGUCACUUUUAAGUACUUCGGAACAAGAUGGCUUAGAAAUAUACGAAGAUGUAAUGAAAAUCUCACGAAAUUCAGCGAAUUCAAAACUUAGUGAAUUAAUAUCACAACGAGAACAGCUUAUACAAGGAGAUGAACCAGAUGAGACUGAAUUAAAACAUCUGAACCACGAAAUACGAAAUAUGCUUAUUAAUUGUGCCACUUAAUUUA